AUGAUAAUAACUCAUAAAUGCAUUUUAUUUUCUGAAGGUGGCGAAGAACAUGAGCAAAACCGUCCCAACAGCGGCAACAGCUGUGACAAAGGCGAUGAAAUUGAAGAUUUGAGCGCAGUUGAGCUCGAAGAAAUACGCUCCUUCAUACGGGAGCAAAAAAAGAAGAAAAUCGCCGCAGAAGCCCGGCGCAAACGCUCGCUUACGACUACAUCCAGCUCAGGAAAAUCGGGAGGUUGUCCUCCUCCUGUUCCAAAGAAGAUAAAGGCGCCAAAUAAAAAGAAAGAUGCUGACGAAAAGUGGCUAAACGUAAUGUAUAAUGAAGAAGAGGAAGAUGAAUCUGAUGAACCAGAAAAAGAUGAAAUAAUAGAAUUAGGAAAGGACGAAGAUGAAUAUAAGCAACUACGCCAUGAGCGUGAAGAGAAAAAACGUAAGUAUUGUUUAGGCCUCAUUAAAUUUAAAUUUAGGAUAUUACAACACUAUACCGCAACAACUGUUAAUUCAAUCAGAUUUGCUUAAAAAUCCCAGAAAAGGGAUAUUUGUCCACCAGUGUAAUACCUGUAAGGAACAACAAAUGCAGAGAGAAGAAUAUCUCUUCAAGGGUGGAGCAAACGGGAUAUUUGUGCUCACGAUAGAACUAUGUGGUGAUGAUCUGGAUAAAAAUAUUUCUCUCGCGGACUUUUAUGGGCAAAGCUGGGGUAGGAAAUAAAAAUAUAUUCAUUUUAUAAAAAUUUAAGGAGAGAGCGCUGUCGAAAAAAAAGAGGAAAACGAGGCGGGGCACU